UGAAAGUUGAGAGAGAUGUCUGAACGAACGGAUAAGAAUUUGUUAACGUCCAAAUGUGGGUCACAAAGAUCGAGGAUCUGUCAAGAACACGGUGAAGAGGAUUGUCCUAGUGAAAACGAGCAUGAAUUUGAAUCGUUGGAAUACGAAGAGGAUGCUUAUUAUUUGAAUUCAACAACUACACCGAGUUUUGACGAUAUCGACGAACUCGAUGACGAUGCAGACGAAAUUGUUGUCCAUUGUUGGAGAGAUUCUAACGGUGAAAUCGAUGAAAUCGUUGUUGACGAUGCUAAUCUUUUAUUCGAAACGGAAUCGCAUCAAACUGAAGAAAAUAAGAAAUCGGCGACAACACCACCACCACGUGGUUUUCGAAAGAAGAGAUCGGUUCGAGUGAUAUUUCAAGAUUUUUCUAAACCAUAUCUUGAGAAAAUAAGCAACAGUCAGAAUUAUAAGAAGUUUUUAGAAUUGAUUAAAGGAGAGGAAGCCUCUCUUCAUUCAGCUGGUUCUCUUUCUCCAUCAGCUGACAAUGCAGCGAAUGAGUUGCAAGGACUCACUUUGGAGGAACAGGAAAAACAGAAGGCUGCCUGGAACAUGGAACUUGCUAAGAUCGAGGAAGAUAUACAAACACUUAGGCACGUAUUGGCUAACAAAGUGAGGGCUUCUCAAGAAUUAAAAAGGAAGUUGGGCAUAAGCGUUUGGAAAGAACUCACCGAUGAUGUGAAUCAGGGCCUGAAGAACGUUAAGGAGAGUCAAGUUUAUCAGAAUGUUGGAGAGAAACUCGGUCAGUUCAGCAAGGCGAUUACCGACAACAGUUUAUUUCAAAAGACGGAGUCGGUGUUUAAAACUACGGCUGAGAAGACUACGAGCAUUCUUGGUGGUUUUGGCAGUGGAAUUUCUAUGAAAUUAGGUCAAAUGCGUAAUUCCGAUAGUUUCCGUUCUCUGGAAGAAAGAGUUGGAUCUGCUUAUGAAAACGUUAAGACAAAAGUCGUGCCUUCGAGAUCUAAUUCAACGCAAAGUUUUGACGAUGCAUUACGAGAAACAGAAGCAACGAGACGUGCAUCAGCAGCACCAUCGGCAACCAGUCCGACCAUUCCCGAGGACAAACUUCUAUCUUAGAAUUGGUUUUCAACUCUUAACGGUCACUUGUCUCUCCUUUUCCGCGCUACACACGCCAACGAUUACUAUAAUCGAAUUAAUAAUUCGAUUAACGAAUCGAUUAUCCUUAUCUUCACACUACGCUCUAUUAUUAAUUAAUUAAUCGUCCAUUGCAUUUUUAUAAUAAUCGGAGCUAAUCCGCUGAAAUAAGUGUAUGGGAUGGAGAGAAAUUAUUAUUAUUAUUAUUAUUACUAUUACUAUUACUAUUACUAUUAUUUUAUUUUA